AUGGCGCACUAUUCGUCCAAGACACCUAAGAGGCAUAUUGCGUGGUCAAACAGUCGAGCUAUCGGAUGGCUUGACCUAGGGAAGCUGUCCCGGUUUAAUUACAAAGCACCUGAAUACCAACAACACAAGACGGCGAAGGUGACCAUCAACAAAACAACUGGUAAGAAACAGUUCAGUGGGCAGCGAAAGCAGCUGAAAGAAAGCCAGCAUUAUCCCUACCGCUUUGGCCUUCGAGUGCUGAGGAUCCUGCCUAAAUUGCAGGCAGAUGGAUGCAAGACCUUCGAUCAAAUGCCGCGGAGGUACAACCCUCUCAAGAGCUACAUGGCCGAAUCCUUUGACGACAUGUGGGAGGAUGCCGGGGCUCCGGAGGUUCUUAGAUACAUCAGGGGCAACAAGUCCCUUGAGAUUCCGGCAAAGUGGAAACCACAUUUGCUCCCUGAAGACUUUUAG